AUGGAUGGCGAGGCGGUCGGUCGGGGGAACCAGCAGGCGUCCGAGAACGCUUCGUAUGGUACGGAUGAGCUCACGAAGGACUCAUUGGGUCACCGGAUAGACAAGACAGACAGACACCAGAGAGCAACUGAGUUGCGAGUCCGCUCUCGAACGGGAAAUUCCAGCGGCCAGAGAGCAAGGGAAAUUGGGAACCUUCCCAAGAAGGGGAAGAUCAAAAUGGCAGUGUGCAGAACUGAACUAUUCCUUCUGCCUCGCACCACUGACCAAAAAGAAUACAGACCGAACAGAAUCUCCUCUCCACCAUUACGGCGGUCUCAAGGGUCAUGGUGGAUGAUGGCGCCUCGCCGCACGAGCACCACCACAGAAGGUUUAUUCGGUUACGACACACACACAAACUCGCCCUCUUCAUCCUCCAUUCCAGUCGGUGUUAUUGGGCCUUCUGGAUCAAUCAAUCCUCCGAAGAAGCCUAUUCUUCGGCUGAACACCGUCUUCGAUGCCGUGUGUCUUGCUUGCCCUUUUGGCUGUUCCCCCUUUUCUCUAUGCGGCGCAGAUCGCAAGGCUCAUCUAACCCAACCAGCCCCGGAGGCAAAACAUAGCGCCGGAGUUUGA